AUGGACUCCAAGGCCCAUGGAACCAUUGAUUGGUUGGGGUUCCAACUGCACCAGCUUAAGGAGCAAGAGCAUGCUGGACCAGUCAUGACAACUGUCGUGGUGGUGCUGCUCACCUAUGCGCUCUACACCGUUAUGUAUGCCACCGACAUUCCUCACAUCAAGGGCAUUCCGGAAAUUCCCGGCGCUGUUCCCAUGUUUGGACAUCUUCUCAAGCUCGGCGAGGAUCAUGCUACAGUUUGCGAAAAAUGGUGGCGCCAGUAUAACCAAUCUGUUUUUCAGAUCAAGCUGGGCAAUACCAGAGCCGUCGUUGUGAACUCAUUCGAUGACUGCAAGAAGAUGCUCCUCGGCAACCAGAAUGCAGUCAUUGACCGCCCCAAGCUCUACACCUUCCACGGUGUAAUCAGCAGCACCCAGGGCUUCACCAUUGGAUCUUCGCCCUGGGAUGAGUCCUGUAAGAAGAAGCGCAAGGCUGCCGGUACCGCUCUGGGCCGCCCUGCCUUGAAGAACUACUACCCCAUGCUUGACCUAGAGAGCUACUGCAUCCUGCGGGAUAUGAAAAAGGACAGUGGCGACGGUCAGAUAGAAAUUGACGUUCGCCCUUAUAUUCAGCGAUACGCGCUCAACACAACCCUGACGCUCUGCUAUGGUAUUCGCAUGGACGCUGUCUACGACGACCUGCUCCGUGAAAUUCUCCACGUGGGAUCGUCUAUUUCCCUGUUACGCAGCGCCUCCGAGAACCUGCAGGAUUAUAUCCCAGCCCUUAGAUACCUUCCUAACAACGAGAAGAAUGCCCGGUCAAAGAACCUCCGGGACCGACGCGAUGCCUAUCUGGACCUCCUCUUGAACAAGGUCCGUGAGAUGAUCAAGAAUGGUACCGACAAGCCUUGCAUUUCUGCUGCCAUUCUCAAGGACCAGGAAACCAAGCUAUCCGGCGUUGAAGUCUCUUCAAUCUGUUUGUCUUUGGUUUCUGGUGGUUUCGAGACUAUUCCCGGUACUUUGACCUCUUGCAUUGGAUCUCUGUCGACCGAGGAAGGACAGGAAUGGCAGGAUCGGGCCUACGAGGAUAUUAAGCGACACUACCCUGAUAUCCAGGAAGCCUGGACUGGAUCAUUUAAGGAGGAGACUAUCCCCUACAUUAAUGCCAUUGUCAAGGAGGCUGGCCGAUACUACACCGUCAGCUCCAUGAGUCUUCCCCGGAAGACCGUCUCCGAAGUCACCUGGAAUGGUGCUGUUAUCCCCCCCAAGACUAUGAUCUUGAUCAACGCGCAGGCGGGUAACCAUGAUAUUGAUCACUUCGGACCUGACGCUGGAAGUUUCAAUCCCGAGCGGUGGCUGAAGACCGUGAGCCCUCCCACUGAAGAUGAAAGCAUCGGCCUGGGUCACUUGAGCUUUGGCACUGGCUCUCGUGGUUGCUCAGGCCAGUACAUGGCUUCCCGCCUCUUGUACUCUGCAUUAGUAAGGAUUAUAUCGUCAUACAAGAUCGUAGCGAGCAAAGAAAACCCCCCCAACACCGACUAUGUCGAGUAUAACCAGUUCAAGACGGCGUUGGUUGCCAUUCCCAGGGAAUUCAAGGUCAAGCUCAUUCCCCGUGAUACAGCCGUGACGGAUAAGUGCCUGGAUCUCGCCGAACAGAGGACCAGAGAGCAUUACAAGGAGUAA